AUGACGAUUCAAACAAACCCCGACGACUUGAUGACGGAAGAAUCGCUGUACUUUCACGAAACCCCCAAUGACAAUAGCUUUUCCAACUACGACUUUAGUGAGAAUGCUGACUCCUUUGGUUCACUAAAAGAGGUGGAUAUGUUCGUCGAGCUGAACAACGAACCCGACCCAAAGUUCAUGCACACGAGAGCCAGUAUCCGUCAAAGCACUUGCAGCCUUGGUAUGAGCUUUAGCGCAUUGGAAGAGUUGGAAAAGGCAGCCGAAGAUGAAUCGGAAACCUCAGCAUCGACCAAGGAUGAACCUAUUCCCGUGACGCCAAAGCCCAGACCCGGGUUGUUGGGUAGCAACCCAAGACCGAGUAUGGCCGACACCAAUGGCAAGUCUCAACGAGGCCUCGUCAAGGGAGUCUGGAAAUCUAUGAAAUCCUUGGGCGGAAUCAGCAGUGGCAAAACCCAUGACGGAGCCAAUGACGACGACGCUGCUUCGGUGGAAGAGUCAAGUCCUCCCCAAAGAAUGUCGAGCGUGCGCAGUUUGAGUAACAAGAGCAUCGACCUCGAUGACGACUCGCUCUGCGACGAGUCGGAGAAGGAGGUCGAAAGUGCUCCUCGUGGGGAUAGCACCGACGAGGUCCAAACUACUCCUCAGAGAGGAAGCCUUCAAAGGCAGAACUCUGCGAAGGAGGACAAAAGGGCCAAGCUCAAGAAACAGAAUUCCUUGAAGAAGUCUUUCAGUUUCAAGCUGUCAAAGAAGAGCUCCUCCAAGAAGAAUCUAAUGCUUGAUGACGAUGAUUCCCAGGGGGCAUCAGAGAAGCAUGCUGAAGGGGCAAAUAGUGCUCCUCAGAGAGGCAACCUUGCAAAUCUGCAUUCCAUGAAAGAUGACAAAAGGGCCAAACUCAAGAAACAGAAUUCCUUGAAGAAGGCUUUCAGUUUCAAGCUGUCAAAGAAGAGCUCCUCCAAGAAGAACCUCAUGAUUGACGAUGAUGAUUCCCUGGCAGCACCUGAAAAGGAUGUAGUAGACGUCAAGAGUACUCCUAUGAGGGGAAGGUUGAGCCAGAACGCCGCGGGGGCUCAAACAGCAUGA